CAGCAGGCACCUCGACAGCAGACACGGAGAGGGGACACAACUCGACGACACGGUCUCAAAAUGCUUCUCCUUGACUAUCAGAAUGUUCUGAUUCAAUCUGUGCUUACAGAGCGAUUCUCAGGUGCCCCGCCAGUCAAUAUUGAUCAAACUGUCUCAGACUUCGAUGGCGUAACCUUUCAUAUCUCGACUCCCGAGUCCAAAACCAAGAUUCUUGUCUCCAUCCAAGUCCGGUGCUUCAAUGAGCUUCUGAAGUAUGGUGCACAGCAGGUUAUGGAACGCGAGUAUGGCCCAUAUGUGGUUGCGCCAGAGAGCGGCUACAACUUCUCUGUACUAGUUGACUUGGAGAGUCUUCCUGAAGACAAAGAAGCACGAGAUGAUCUUAUUAGAAGGGUAUCUCUGAUGAAACGAAAUGCGAUGGCUGCACCUUUCGAGCAUGCAUUUGACGAACACCACAAACUACACGAAGAGGCAUCCAAGUUCACAUCAGAGGAAGCACCACAAGGUGUGCGGGAAGGAGGACAAGUCAUGGCGAUUCAUUACCGUGAUGAGGAAUCUAUAUUCAUCAAGGCAAGCCACGACAGAGUCACAGUUAUCUUCAGCACGAUAUUCCGGGAGGAGACGGAUCGAGUCUUUGGCAAGGUGUUCAUCCAAGAAUUCGUUGAUGCGCGCAGAAGAGCUAUCCAAAACGCACCCCAAGUUCUGUUCAGGACCGAUCCUCCCUUGGAACUGCAAGGAGUACCUGGUGUCAAAGACUCUGGAAAUGGAGAGAUUGGCUAUGUUACAUUUGUUCUCUUUCCAAGGCAUUUGACCCGACAAAGACGAGAUGAGGUGAUUUCUCACAUCCAGACCUUCCGGGACUACUUCCACUAUCACAUUAAAGCCUCAAAGGCCUAUAUCCACUCGAGAAUGCGGAGACGCACUGCAGACUUCCUGCAAGUUUUGCGUAGAGCACGCCCAGAAAACGAAGAAAAGGAGAGAAAGACAGCGAGCGGACGUACUUUCAAGGUUCAAGGAAACUAACGAAGUGCCUUUAGUGUCUCAAAAUUACAAAACUAUCAUC